AACUAUACGAUACACAACGGCUAAAUGAACCUAGUGGUUCGAGCCACAAAUUAAGAAGAGAGAGAGAGAGAGAGAGAGAAAUAUUGUAUAUAUUUCAGAAGAAGAAUUAAAUAAAGAAAAUAAGAUUUAAUUACGUUUAAUUCGAAUGAAAAGAUGAAUGUAGCAGAGAGAAAAAGGAAAUCUCGAGAGAGGAUGAGGCAGGAUACGGAUAAGUGGAAGGAGGUUCAGGAAAAGCAAAGAGUGUGGGAUGAGAAACGAAGAGAAAAAAAAAGACGAGAGAGUGAGAAAAGUCGGGAGGAAAGAGAAUCUUUCAGAGAAAAAGAACGAUUGCGUAAACAAAAACAGAGAGAAAAGAAAAAACUAGUAAAAGUACCAAAUAAUAACAGUUCAAAACUGGGGUCAUACAAAUGUUUAAAUACUUUAAAGAAAGCAGUAAUGAAAACGAAAAAAACUCUGCCUCAGAGCCCUACCAAGAAGCAGCAGUCUGACAGCAUAUGUUUGAGGAAAUCAUCAUUAUCUGAAUACAAAAAGGUUUCAAUAAUCCGAGAAGAAAAGUUAAAUCAUUCUGAAGUCUAUGACUCCAGCGACAGUGAAUAGAAAUUGGACGUAAAUCUUCAUGAAGAUUAUCUUUAACAUAUUUAUUGUAAUAGUUUUAAGGAAAAAUUCAUUUUAUAUUUAUUAUUAACUUACAUAUUUAUCAU